AUGAUCGCACAUGAUUCCCAGACCUUCGUGCGCACGCAGGCUGCGUUGAAGUACGUUCGGACCAACAUAGAGGCUGGUGUCCCGCGUGAGGCGGUCGCUGCGGCCGCUCAAGGUGCGUUGACUCGACUGUUCGCGUCUGUUCCUUCGCUCGACUUCUCCGAGGCUGGCCCCAUCAUCGAAGCAAUCAACAACAGUGAUCUGGAUGGCGAGAUGAAGACUGGCUUGAUCGACCUUGUGAACAGCAAGGUUGGGGGCUCUCUCAGCGGCGGCGGCCGUCGGACAGACAACCAGGUAAACUACUACGUGCAGCGCCAGCUCACCACCGACGACUGGAACAAGCUCAUGGAUAAGAACGUCUCGGUCCAGCUGAAAAUUUUAACGGUUGUCAACCGUAUGGAGUCGAUCGGUUGCGUGUUCCCGUCCGAGCACACGAUGACUCACAUCGUGGGAUUGAUCACUCUGGCUUCGUCACCGCCUGGGGCCCGUGACAUUGGGGUCUUGCUGCAGAACGCGUGGCAGAUGUUGCAGGACGUCAAAUUGGCCUUCAGACGCACUCGCACUCGGGUCAGGUUGCCGCACCACGGAGCCAUCGCCGAGUACCCUUCGAACGUGGACUCGAUGAGCACGAGCCACGUGGACAUGUACAAGAGGGCCUACUCCUCAGAAGGACCAGCGCCCUGCCGCGUCGACGAGACGCUGCUCUGCGAGCUGAGGACCCACCACACGGUGGCGACGCCGAUCAAGACGUCGUGCCGCGGCCCCCGCAGCAUGCCAGAGAUCCACGGCGUGCCAGGCUUCGCGUGGCUGCCCGUGGGCAACGCCGCUGCGCAGAUGGCUAAGCAUGCUGCUGAGGAGGCCCUUGCGCGUGCAGGGCCACUUGCCUUGAUGGACGGGCCUGCGCCCGCGGCACCUGUGCUUGCGGCGCCAGGUCCGGAACCGCCUGCGGCUGCAGGCGCCGCAGCAGCUACGGCGGCGUGUGAGCCCGCGCCUGCAGCGGGCUCAGGCGGCGCCAUCGAGAAGGGCAAGAGCGUCGACGACAUCAUCGAUGGCCUGGCGAAGCACGUCAAGAAGAAGGUCCCCGAGCUGGUGCGGCGCAAGCCAGCAGCGGCUCAGGCCAAGCCCACUCCGAAGAAGGAGACGUCGACACCCAUGAAAAAAAUUAAGAAGAAGGCGGCCAGCAGUGCGAAAUCCAAGAAGGCGGCGACCAUCGACACCAAGCAGCUCCAGAAGCACCUCAAGCAGUUCCCCUUCCCAGGCAUCCCAAAGGCCCCAAUGGAGCCCGUGAGGGCGGGCAACUACGCCAUCUACACUGACCGCACCAAGCGGGCGUGGCGCGUCAAGGAGAACAACGUCAGGACGGACAAGGCCUUCGGCUGGGGCGUGGACUGCGAGGGGUCGUGGCGCCGUGCGAUCCACUACAUCUUCGCGUGA